UUUUUAAUUCAGCAAUGUUUUUUAUCUAAAACAUCGCGGCGGAAUUUUCGAAUAUGAUUUUUCGCCUUCAAAAUUUAAAAUGGCCGAUCCUAUUGCAAAUAAUUCGAUGCAGCUAGUAAAGGACGAAGCUACUUUCUCACCUCACGACUUUAUUAAAAAUCCCUUGCAAUGGAUUCAAAAUCAAAUUGAAAAUGAAGUUGAUCCUCGUAUUUUAAUAAGACAGUUGGUUCCACAAAUAAAAUUGCCCCACGAUGUUGAAGAUUCAACACUUUGGAAUGUGAUUUUUGAAAUUAUAAGCGAGCCAUCUCCGCGUAAACGUCUUAGUAAUAUCAACUCUCUAGAUCAUGUGAAGAAACUUAUUCAAGAAAGCAAAAAUAUCAUAGUUUUAACAGGAGCUGGAGUAUCUGUUUCUUGUGGUAUUCCAGAUUUUCGUUCCAGAGAUGGGAUUUAUGCCAGACUUCAUAAAGACUAUCCUGAUCUUCCUGAUCCUCAAGCCAUGUUUGAUAUUCACUAUUUUAGAAAUAAUCCUUGGCCUUUUUUUAAGUUUGCAAAAGAAAUUUAUCCAGGUCAAUUCACACCUUCUUUAUGUCAUCGUUUUAUUUCAAAACUUGAUCAACAAGGCAAGCUACUUCGUAACUAUACUCAAAAUAUUGAUACUUUAGAACAGGUGGCUGGCAUUAAAAAUGUUUUACAGUGUCAUGGAUCUUGUGCGACAGCGACAUGCAUGAACUGUAAAUAUAAAGUUUCUGCGGAAUUUAUCAAAGAAGAUAUUUUUCAACAGAAAAUUCCAUAUUGCAAUCAAUGUUCUGACCCUAACUCGCUUAAUAUAUUAAAACCAGAUAUUGUGUUUUUUGGUGAAAGUUUGUCUGAUGAUUUUUACAGUCAAAUAAAUAAAGAUAAAGAUGAGGCGGAUCUUUUAAUUGUAAUUGGUUCAUCAUUGAAAGUUCGUCCAGUUGCACUUAUUCCAAGCUUGAUCAAACAAAAUGUCCCGCAAUUGUUAAUAAACAGAGAACAAUUACAUCAUAUAGAGUUUGAUGUUGAAAUGUAUGGCAAUUGCGAUGACGUCAUUUGUUAUUUAUGCAGCGAACUCGGAAGAGAAUGGACAGACGUAAUUGGUACAUACAAGCCAUCUUUUUUAAGUGUUUCCAAAACCAUAAAGACCUUUAGUAAUACAUCUGAUUCAAACAAAUCUUUAUCGGGUUUUGAUAAAGAAUGUUACAAUUCUAGUAAUCACGUUUUACAAGACCAACAAUCAGAUUCACCGCAAAUUGAUGAAGGUAUUUACUUUUUACCUAUUCCACCAAACAAAUUUGUUUUCCAUGGUGCAGAACUUUACACCGAGGACUGCCCUUGAAAGAAUUUGUUACGUAUCGUAGCGAAGAAGUUGUUUCUUUGCAUUUUUCAGCAAUUUCGUCAAGUUUUUGUUACUUUCUGUUGCUUCAGAGGAAAUGACGUUGACUUAAGUUCUGUAUAGUAUGAACGCCUUAAUCACCUGGAAAAAAAAUUUUUUUCUCGUUUUGGCGAAAUAGCAUAAUGGAUAUAUAUACUAUUCUAUAUAAAUUUACAUAUAGGCAUAUAUGCUAUAUUAAUGAACAUAAUGACAUAUGUGUUUUAUAAAUGUAAAUAAUGGCAUAUUGUACAUUUAUUGUUAAUUUGAUCUCAUAGCCUUUUUUUAUAA